UUUUUUUUUGUUAACCGAACUCACUUUAUCCCACAAUAAGCGAUGUCUAACCAGACCAAUACUACCAAUGUCCCAGCGGCUCCCACGAAUGCAAAGGCACCAAAGUGCCCUUUGCCUUAUCGCCACGAAGACUUGAUCCUCAUCCAUGCUACCGUUCCAGAGGUCAUUCAACGGACCUGGACUAAUAAUAUGGAGGAAUGGGCUAAAGGUGUCCCAAUGUCACAGUAUCAUGCUCGUGAACGACAUCUCGCCAGCACUGCGUUCUCAAGCGAUAAUCGGCUGAAGACCUGGGUCCUAGUUCCCAAACCGGAUACGGAGGUGACGACCGAGUAUAAAGAAUGGGCUGCGACUGAAGACCCUGAAAAGGGUGUUCGAGGUGGAUUUGAUCCUCAGGAUGUGUCAGAAGCUAAUUUGGAUCGCAUCAUGGCUGCAGUUGAGACAUAUGAACGCCCAGGCAUUAUGGCAACUGUUGGUGAGACUGAAGAUGGAGUGCUGAGGGAUGUUAAUUCUGUGAGUGUAGCUUCUGUGUAUGGACCAUCAAAGUUCCGCAAUCAUGGAUAUGGCAAGCUCAUGAUGAAGCUCCUCUGGAAGAAAAUUGAGAAUAUGGGCGCAGGUUUCUCGUUCCUGUACUCGGAUCUUGGCAAGCAGUUCUAUACCAACUUUGGUUGGACAGCUCGCCUCUCCUCAGAGAUUGUUAUCCCGCCUUCAUUAACACUUCCAGAGUCUGCCCCCGCCUCUCAGUCUCAGGUAGCGCUUGAGCCUAUUGUAACUGAGGAAGAGCUCCUUCCAUUCACCGAAAAUGACACCCGUCUGCUGCGCCAGACUCUCAAGGAAAAAGUCCAACAGAAGCAGAAAGAGAUUGAACAAAAUACCUCCAAUGGCAAUACAACGUUUGUGGCCAUCCUCCCGGAAAUUCGCUGUAUCGAGUGGCUUCAUGCACGUGCAUGGUUUUAUGCGAAGGAGAUCAGGAAGUUUGAAGAGAAGAAUCCUAAAAUUUCAAUCAACAAAGAAUUGACAUAUGGUAUCCAUGUCUCUGGUAAAAACGAUCAGUUCGUGUUAUGGCAUCAUGAUUUCACAGACGAUAAUUUGUUUAUCCUACGCUGGCGCAUUGAUGGUGCGUCCAGCAAAGAAGAGUCAGAUGCGAUUGCUCUAGCAUUUGUUGCAGCGGCUCAGAAGGAGGCCAAAAAGUGGAACAUUUCCAAGAUUGUUUACUGGAACGGAGAUGUUGCUCUAGCAGAACUGCUGGGUCUAGAAGUCCAGCAUCGUAAUCACUCGAUCUGUAGCUUAGGUUUGGUUAAUUCUGAUCAGGACGAAUCGAGCAUUGAAUGGAUUUUGAACGAGAAGUAUUCCUGGUGUUGAAAUGGGUCCAAAGCCAUACGACUGCUUUUUUUUUAGUGAUACUAUGAUCCUGAAGAAAUAAUAAUUGUUGAGACUAGGAAAAGAAUAAACUAUUAAAUCAGUCGCGUUUUAUUUC